CUUCGGCGGCAGGACAUGGCGGCGAGGCGCGCCCCUCCCCCGCCCGCCCCUUGCCCCGCCCGCUCCCGCUUUGGCGCCAAACGGCGGCGCGGCCGGCGGCAGGAUGAGCGGCCACGAGUCCGGCCUCCGCAACGGAUAUCCUACUUUUCCUGUGAAGUUGGUGCUCUGAGGGACUUCCACUUACAUACUAUGCUGAAUUUACGAGAAAAGUUUGGCAAUGAAAUAUCCUGCAAAAAAAGAGAUGAUUAUUUGGAAUGGCCUGAAUAUUUUAUGGCAGUUGCUUUUUUGUCAGCACAAAGAAGCAAGGAUCCAAGUUCUCAGGUUGGUGCUUGCAUUGUAAAUUCAGAAAACAAGAUUGUUGGAAUUGGAUACAAUGGGAUGCCUAAUGGCUGCAGUGAUGAUGUACUACCCUGGACAAGAACAGCAGCACAUAGACUAGACACGAAAUAUCCUUAUGUGUGCCAUGCCGAAUUGAAUGCCAUCAUGAACAAAAACUCAGCUGAUGUGAAAGGCUGCAGCAUGUAUGUUGCCUUAUUUCCAUGUAAUGAAUGUGCAAAGCUCAUCAUCCAGGCAGGCAUAAAAGAAGUUAUUUUUAUGUCUGACAAGUAUCAUGACACUACCGAAAUGACAGCUGCACGACGCAUGUUUGAUUUAGCUGGAAUUAUAUAUAGAGAAUUCAAGCCAAAGUGUAACAAGAUCAUCAUCGACUUUGAUUCAAUUAACAGCAGACCAAGUCAAAAGCUUCUGUGAAUUAAGUCUCAUUAAAUCUGUAGAAGACUGUGAUUAUCCUUUUCUGAAAAGCUGCUAAUGCCUUUCAUCUUGAAGUUACUUGCAACUUUUAAAUGGCUUCUACAGCUAAAGUAGACUUCUAAGGGUAAGGUCUAAAAUGCCCCCCCCACCACCACCUUAUCUUGUCAUGUGGAAUCUAAAUCUACUGAAAACUUUCUAAUGCCUUUGUCAAAACUGCUUAAAAAGCGUAGAUGAGACAAUAUAAUAUGUGUAAAGAAAACUGUUCUGAUUCUUGCUAUAUUCACCACUGCAUGCUCUGAUAAGCUGUCAACAUUAAUUUAGACUCAGUUUAACAGUGGUACUUACUGUAACAAGUAAUAUGUUGGAGUACACUAAUGUAUGUUGAUCUCUCUAUUGGACAUGUGGCAAAUAGUUGAUCUGAAUGGAUAAGAAAUGUUAACUGUGCAAAUAUUAAUCUUCAAACAAGCAUAACACUAGUAUUUUUAAAGGUUAUACAGAUUAACUAAUAUGUAAUAUUGUGCAUUUGUUAUCCAACAAAUGGAAUAUGGAUUAUUCUUUUAAUUGCUAUCUAACAUUGUAAUAUAUGGGGAGGGGUUAGAGAGGAAGUUGUUUAGAGUGUUCCAUGUCAGACCUAGUUGUAGAGGAGCUUUCAAUUCUUCAUUUUUCCCAAGACCCCAGAAGGCAAGGGGUGUUGAGGGAGUAAAUCAUUCAGCUGUUUACUUGGGACUCCUACUAGGAGUUGAUUUUCAUGUGUAGAAGAAAAUUAAUUUAUUGGUCUAAGUUGCUUCUAGAUAAUCCAGCAUAGUUCAGUCCUAAAAUUAACCUGUAAGGUAACUGAAUCACUUUUUGUCCUUUGAGAGAAAUUGGAGAUAUUCAACCCAUAUCCAUGCCAAAAGAUAUAAUUAUGGUGUUAGCUUGUUUCCCAGUGCUGGCGUAGUACCUUCAUUUUCAUAAAUGUUGCCUAAAAUAAUAUCCUUUUUAAUUUUAUUUUGAGGUCUGGGAAUAGAUUUGAGUUCCUUUUCUCUAAUUUGAUUUUUUUAAAUUAAAUAUGCCUAAUGGCUUUGUUUAGAUAACACUGGGAUUUUUUUAAGGGUGGUUAUACUUCAAUGAGCUUUUAUUUUCUCUGUAAAAGCUUUGUUUCCUAUUUGGGGACAUUAUGUAAUUUGGCAUCAUACCAGUAUUAUUAAAGUCUUAUUAAAAACCA